GACUUCUUUCGACUACCGAGGUCGUUCAACGCGCGGACAAUCACGAAGGUGGCGGGUAGCAACGUCCAAUGGACCACACGGCGGACCUCUCACCUGGAGGUCUCGGGUAACGACUGCGACGUCGCAGUGUUCUAUUGCGGAUCGGUGCUUGAGCUCUAUCAGCGGUCGAAGCAUUCCAACAUCUUCCCUGACGGGUUCUUGUCUGAAACUCGUAAGACCAUGUCGUUGUUGCUACCAAAGUCAGAAACAUCUCUCCGAAAGUGGCUCGUGAAUGAGAAAAGACAGCUCGGGCUGGAUAGCUCAGUCCUUGCAUGCCCAUAUCUCCGAGCGUCAGAAAGGAACAUUCGUUGCUUUGACUACUACUGAGAACGCCUGAUCAUCUUGAAAGAAGUUUUUGACGAGCACGAACCUCGCGGCAUUGGGCAGUUUUGGCGCGACGAUAGGAAGCCUGUACAAUGGUGGACCUUUUGCAUCGCCAUCGUCGUCUUCGUACUGACAUUGAUCGGCUGUGUUGAAGGGGCGUUGCAGGUAUACAAAGCCUUUUACCCGGAGGAUGGU